AUGGAUACCCUGCUGAGGGUGGUGACGAAUCUCCAAACAAGGAGAUUCGAGGAGGAUUUCCUCGAUCGAGUCAAUUAUCAGUUCACCGCAUACCUCUUCUCCUUCGGCAGCAUCAUCAUCACAUCUAAGCUCUACAUGGGCACACCAAUCAUUUGUUGGGUGGAAUACACAAGGGAUUAUUGCUUGAUAGAAAAUACGUACUAUAUACCGAUGAACGAUCCAAAUAUGCCAAGUCUUGCCUAUAGAGAGAAAGCGGAGUUACCGUAUUAUCAGUGGGUACAAUUUGUGUUAGUUCUACUUGCGUUUUGUUUCUAUCUACCGCAUGUCUAUUGGAGGUCCGUGAACUGGUGGUCAGGGAUCCAACUUCGCGCCAUCGUCAAAGCAUGCUACGAGUUGCCGAAGGAAGACAUUGUUGGUGGUGACGAAUCUCCAAACAAGGAGAUUCGAGGAGGAUUUCCUCGAUCGAGUUGGGUGGAAUACACAAGGGAUUAUUGCUUGAUAGAAAAUACGUACUAUAUACCGAUGAACGAUCCAAAUAUGCCAAGUCUUGCCUAUAGAGAGAAAGCGGAGUUACCGUAUUAUCAGUUUCUACUUGCGUUUUGUUUCUAUCCUACCGCAUGUCUAUUGGAGAUCCGGAUCCAACUUCGCGCCAUCGUCAAAGCAUGCUACGAGUUGCCGAAGGAAGACAUUGUUAAGCGCCAAGAAGGCAUCGAGAAGAUCGCCAACCACAUCUACCGUGCCACUCAUCGCAAUUAUAAAAAUGUCGGCAGUAUUUGGCAGCAUCUGAUGGGUGAUGGAUGGAUGUCCUUCAAUUAUAUUGUAAUGAAGCUCAUGUUCGUGUUGAAUGCCGCCCUACAAAUUCUUAUUCUUCACUAUUUCCUCGGUUUCGAUUGGGGAGAUCUUCUA